ACCUAACCUCCUAAAUCUCAACUCUAAAAUAAAAUAUUGCAUUUUUGUGUCUCUCUCAACAAGACAUUGACGCAGGAAAAGUACCACUAGGUUCAGUUAAUAAAUAAUAUAUGUAUAGGCCUAGUACUUAUUUAAAAAAUAGAUGAUUAAAUAUGUUUACUAUUUAUUUCUAGUAUAAACCUUAACGUUUGUUCUUAAUCAACUUUAUACGCAUUCAACUCAACUAUGGAGUUCAUAAAAGCAGGCAAAGCUUUGGCAAUCUGCAGGUGCUACCUCAAUAUUGGCAAUAGCUUUUUGCAUCAGCAAUCAAAUUAUACUAUGCAAACUAGAUCUUUCGCUGCAAGAAAAGGUUAUAGAGAACAAGCUAAGAAGAAAAAAGUUAAAACUGUCAUUAAAAAACAAGCUUGGAUACCACACAAUCUGAGAAAAGGGACGAGUGGAGACCGGGUUGUCACACAUCAGAAGUCCCAUGAGCAUAAGAAACAGAUUGCUCAAGACGAUGUUUUUGUUUCUCGCUACUACGCUUGGAGAGUGUUCGACUUCAAAGAAGCUGUCAAUUGUCACAGAGAAAUCCAUCAUCCCACCAUCUUGAACCUUCCUGACUCUCAAGUCAACUUGUUACUUGAAAUGGACAUGACAACAGCAAAAUCUACAAAGUUUGUGGAUAAAUUCAAGAAAAUGGCUAUCCUACCUCACAUUUUUGAACAGGAUGACCUGACAGAAAGGUCCAUUCUUGUUUUCUGCAAAACAAAUGAACAAAAGGAAGCUGCGAUGGCUGCUGGAGCCAAUCUUGUAGGUGGGAGUGAAAUCAUCAGAGAUGUUGAGAAAGGAAAAAUAGUCCUCCCAGACUUCCGAUUUGUCAUUGCCCACCCGAGCAUUCUGCCAGAGAUGAUAAGCAUCAGAGGUCUAUUGAAGAGAAAAUUCCCAUCUUUGCAAUUAGGAACUUUGGGACCUAAUAUUGCUGAGUUGGUGACUCAGUUUAAGAAUGGAGUAGAGUAUGCUUGUGUAAAAGAUGAGAAGACGCCGGAGUUUGGAUGGAUAAAUACCACCAUUGGACGGUUAAAUAUGGAAGAUAGUCAACUGGAGGAAAACUUUCAGGCCUUGGUAAAUGACAUCAAUACAAACAGACCAAAACGCCCAGGACCUUUUAUUACCAGGGUAAUUAUGUCAUGCCCUCCAUCUACUGAAAAUUUAAAGGUCAACAUUGAACCAUACUUAGAAGAAAAGCAGAUUGAAGAUGACAGCUCUGAUGAAGAUGAAGCUAUUCCGGCUAAAGCAUAGAUUAAUUUUGUAUAUUUAGUUGUCAAAUAGAAUGUUUAUUUAAU